AUGACAGCCCCCGAGCUCAAAUCGUGGCUUAAAUCCGGCUCCUCCACUUCAUCGGGAUGGACAAAGGAUGACGGGUCCGGAGAGUCGGUUGGUCAUGAGAGUGGGAGGAAGAUUGUGGAGAUUUUGGAGAAGAAUCCGGGGAGGGAGAGGGAGGGGUAUGAUGAUGAUGAUCUGGCGCAUAUGAGAAAAGUGGUUGCGUAUUGUAAGAGACAUCUUGCGCAGGAAGAGAAGGCGAAGCAGGAUACGGAGAGUAAGAGUUAUAAGAGUUUGAAGAAUUGGGGACAUGAUGCGCAGAAGACUUCGUAA